GGGUCCAGUCUAUGCGUCACUUCCGGCGUGGAGGGGGUGGGUGGAGCGGUCGGUGGGUCGGACCUGUCCGCGGUGCUGGCGGAGGCUCCAGGUUGCCUGUGACCCGGCCCACCCUCCCUUCCGUUCUGGCCCGGGGGGCCGCUUCCUGAUAUCUAAUGUCCGAAGAAAGUGACUCUCUGAGAACAAGCCCAUCUGUGGCCUCUCUGUCUGAAAAUGAGCUACAGUUCCCCAGACAGCCUGGCUAUGUGUGCUCCCUGACUGAGGAGCUCGUCACCAAAGCCCGGGAGGAACUGCAGGAGAAGCCAGAGUGGCGACUCCGGGAUGUUCAGGCCCUUCGAGACAUGGUCUGUAAAGACUAUCCCAGCCUAAGUACGUCUCUGGACGAUGCUUUUCUCCUGCGCUUCCUCAGGGCCCGAAAGUUCGACUACGAUCGAGCCUUGCAGCUUCUGGUCAACUAUCACAGCUGUCGGAGGAGCUGGCCUGAGGUGUUUGAUAACCUGAAGCCCUCUGCCCUAAAGGAGGUCCUGGGUUCAGGCUUUCUCACCAUGCUGCCUCAUUCAGACCCUCGAGGCUGCCAGGUAGUUUGCCUUCGUCCAGAUAGAUGGAUCCCAAGUAACUACCCAAUUACUGAGAACAUUCGUGCCAUAUACUUGACAUUAGAAAAGUUGAUUCAGUCUGAGGAGACCCAAGUGAAUGGAAUUGUCAUCCUUGCAGACUACAAAGGAGUUGGCUUAGCCAAGGCUUCCCAUUUCGGUCCUUUUAUAGCCAAAAAAGUGAUUGGAAUUCUCCAGGAUGGUUUUCCCAUUAGAAUAAAAGCUGUCAAUAUUGUAAAUGAACCUCGAAUAUUCAAAGGCAUUUUUGCUAUCAUAAAACCAUUUCUGAAGGAGAAAAUAGCAAACAGAUUUUUUCUUCAUGGAUCUGACUUGAAUUCUCUACACUUGAACCUUCCAAAGAGUAUCCUUCCUAAGGAGUAUGGCGGCACUGCCGGGGAGCUGGACCCAAAUGCCUGGAACGAGGUGCUGCAGGCCUCAGAGGAGGACUUUGUCAAGGAGUUCUGUAGGCCUCUCCCUUCCAGUAGUAGCCUCCUCCAGGAGACCCUGCUGUUGGAGGGAAUAACCUCUGAGGUGCCUGGUGAUGAGUCCCUUCGGGGAGUAAAGUCGCAGCUAUACUCCUGCUAUUAACCAAGAAAUCAUGUAGUUUUCUACAUAUGUUGCAGCCUUUAAAGUAAUUUUUCUCCCUCUUAAAGCAUAAAAAGAGAAUUUGAAGUCCCAUGAGUUUGGCCCUAUCCACUGUAAUUGAAUUAAUAGGACAGAAUUUAAAUUGGCUGAGGCUGCUUUAAAAGACAACUAUAUAUUACCGAAGGUGGCAUGUAGGUAAGUUGCUUGAGAAUUAGUUUAAGAUAACACUUUUGUAGUCUACCUUUAUGCCCCUUGCGGACAGUGCCAGUGGUCAAGUUUCAUGAACCCCACUUUGAGCUCAUUCAAUAGCUGUACUUUCAGGACAUAUACUGUAAUUUCUGCCACUUUGGGUAUUUCCUUCAGCUCUUUCAUGUGUUGGUAGAUAGUUUCAUGGGCUUUGGGGGCAAAAACAAUCUCCCACUUAAUGAGCAACCCACUGGUGAGGAAACUCUGCAUUUUGUUCUACUGGCCUUUGGAUAGCAAGCAUAGUCUCUGGCUAGGGCUAUACUUGAAGUUCACCCAUCUUGAUAGGACCAGCUAAUGCUUGUGCUCCCCUGGCAUAGUCUUUGAGAGCCCAGGCUGAUCCAAGGAUUUCUGUGAAAGAAUCUCAGAGAUGUUGCAAAAAGAAAGCCAGUGGAGGGCAGCCCAAGAGUAAGAGGCCACUAUCCUGGAGAAAUCAACCUGGGCCAGGUGACUGCAUUCGAUUGCAGUGCAGAUUGCUAGCUGAGAUCAUGAACCAAUUAGAUCUGUCUGACUUCACAAACAUUUACCUUAAAGACCACUUUCUUUGCACUCCUCCUACUAUUAUCCCAUCAGUCUCUCAGUAACUGCUAAUUCAUAACCUAGUCCCUCUUUCUGGAAACUGGCAUGGCUCCUGCUGCAGUUUGGAAGCAUCAGGUCACACCAUCAGAGCAUUUCUUUUCAGAAUGCAGGAGCCCAAGACAUUGUGACCCUUAGAGAUUUCUGCAUGAAUCUUGCUGCUCUGAUCCCAUUUUUCCAAUAUCCCUGAAUGUCUCAGUUCUCAUUCUUUACUGAAUAUCAUGUCCAGGACAAUAUGGCACGGCUGUGGAAAGGUCCAAUUUGAAUAGAUCUAAAACCACCAGAUUUCAGUGUAGUAUCACAGAAAGAGCACCAUACUGAGAGUCAGUAGUUCCUGGAGUUUAUCCUGGCAUCUGGUCCCAGUUCUGCCACUAACCCAUUGUGUAGCUUAAUCUCUAUGGGUCUCCUCAUAUUCUUUUCAUCUGGGAUGCAGUUUAGCUACUGAGUAGCAUCAUCUGUCAGUUUUCCUCUUGUUGGAGAAAGCCGUGGCAUAGUAGCAAAAGAGAUGGACUCAGGGUCAAGAAGAUUUUGGUUCUGACAUAUACUGGUGGUGGGACCUUAGGCCAGUCAUUUAACCUGUCAGCCUCCUAGUCAGUUCUCUAAGCCUGAGUUACAGAGAAGGUGCUGAUGUGUAGCUGUAGAGCUGAUUCCUCAUGUCAGAGUUCCCUAUGAAAUUGCAGUGAAGUCCCAGGUCUUGUUCCUCUCUCCCCCUACUAAGAUGCAUAGCUGAACCAGCUCUGGACCAGACCAGGGAAAUCCUAUUCUCUUUAGUUGUCAGCAGGAAUCACUAAGGGGGAGUUCCCACACUGCUUUGCAUUCCAGGACUUUAGACACCAAAAUCUUUUUUUAAGGAUCAUUUUUUAGUGUUGUGAAGCCAGCAAAAACUUCUGAGUGCUUAAAAAUUCAAAAAGUUUGAGGGACCAAGUGGUUUGGGAAAUAGGAUGUUGAAAAGGCACAUAUUCUCGAGAUUUCCUACAAGUUUUUUGUCUAGAUGUGAUUUCUACCUGUUCAUUAUGAUUCCUGAGCUGCUUUGCCACUUUGUCCAUGUCCCUUUUAUCCCAUAUCCCAAAUUGAAAGCUCCUACAGUGUGUUAGCUGGAGUCAGAUCAUCCAUACUAAGCCUGGGCUGGGAGUUUUGGCACUUUAGGUCCUCAAUCUUAGGUUCAAAUCUGGCCUCAGACACUUCGCAGCUGUAUGAACCUGGGCAAGUCACUUGACCCCCAUUGCCUAGCCCUUACCAUUCUUCUGUUUUGGAACCAAUACACAAUAUUGACUCCAAGAUGGAAGGUAAGGGUUGAAAAGAAAAAACUUUAGAUCCUCACAUGUCAAGAUUUUACCUUUGCAGGGCAGCUAGGUGGCACAGGCCUAGUGUCAGGAGGUGCUAGGUUCAAAUCUGGCCUCAGAUAUUUUCUAGCUGCCAUCACCCUGGGCAAGUCACUUAGUCUCAUUCAUCUAGCCACUGCCUUUCUGUCUUAGAGCCAUCACUCCAACAGCCAAUAACCAGCUAUCUGUAACCUGAUAACCUACCAAUACAACUCAAUAUCAACCAAUACAAAAUCAAUAUUAGGGUGAUAUUCCCCAUUGCAGUUGUUACUAGGACAGAAAGUAAGGGUUAAAAAAAAAGCUAAAUAAAUUUUUGAUCUUUGCCCCACAGCCCAGUUGGAUCGAGGGUUGAUGUCUUUAGACCUAGUUUAUGCCUGAUUUAUUGUAUAUACAAGAUUGUCUUAAAUCUCAGCCUCAUCCUUGUUGUGCCUCUUUUCUCCAUGGUAAAACCAAGAACAAGGCAAAUGUUUCAUUCCCCAGAAGCAGAGCCACGCAGGCAUGCAAAAGCCAUUGGUUUAUACCUUUACUACCAGGUAGUUCAUCUGUGUAGCACUUUUUUUUUAAUGAAAUUUCAUUUAUCUUACCUCUCUGGUGCCAAUUCUCAUUCAGGGGAAACUUAUCUCCUCAUCUAUGAAUAUUGUGUCUUCUAGAAAAGAGAUGAGACAUUGCAAGCUUUGAGUGCCAAAAUGUCUGUGGACAGACAUCUCUCCCUUUCUCUCUUCUAAUUGAUAAUGGCAGUGUGCCUCAAAUCACCAAAAAUGGCCUGGAAAAAACAAAGGCUUUCAGCCUUGGAAGCCCCAGAAGUAAAGAUCCAUCUAUUUCAAAAGGGAAACCCCAUUGCUGAAGUUAGGUGCAAGCUUUCAUUAAGGCCUGUUUGGUCUAGAUUUGCAGCAGGGCCUCAGCCAGAGGUAAGAAGUAGAAGAAGCAGAGGAAAGUUGGAAGAGAUUUGUUCAAAGUUCUUCUGGUCACUGGAAGGAAGCAGAGAAGGCAAAGCAAAGAAAAUUACCGUGGUUCAAGGUUACCAAGCAUUACUGGCAGUCAUAUAGUGUAAAUAUAAGAUACCCAGCAUUUUACUGUUUGUUCAUAACCUUAAAAGCAAAUCCGAGAAGCCACAUAAAGACAGAGGCACGUCCAAUUCCCCUCAGCUCUUCUAGCUAACUCACUGAAUGGAAAUCUUCUCAGCGGGUAUCCUUGCUAUAAUGGGGCCAAGGCCAGAGUAUCCUUGCUUGGAAUACUGUGGUGACAGGAGGAUGUCUGAUUGGUAGGGCUAUCAGAAGGCUGAGCAAAGACAUGGGUAGGGAACUCAAUUGGGUGGGAGCCCAGGUGGUCCCUACACACUGUCUCAUUGAGGUAUUUUAAGGAAUUCUUUCCUGGCAGUGACUAGGAAUAGCAAAAGGCAUCUGUGGAGCAGACUUUUUCCUUUAGCUUUGAUGUGAUCCUUACCAAGAAGAGGGAUGUUAGCAUUGGAAGCAGAUUGCGCCAUAAAUCGUAUUCAGCAUGAUUUUUAAGAAGGAGGGUUAGCGUUCCAGCUGUCACAGCUGCAGAGGAUGAUUUCCUUUGGCUCUCCCUUCGAGGAAAAGUCCUAGACAGUUUUUUAAAUGGCUGAAGCUCUUUCAUCCAUAUAUUGUGCCAUUGCUUUAGCUUGACCGCUGGUGGAUCUUAAGGUAUCUCUCACCCACUUGCCUCUGUCCACAAUUUGGGUCUUAGUUGCUCCAUUUGUAAAAAGGAGACUAGAAUAUCUCUAGGGCUUUUUCCAGCUCAAAAUACUGUGACUUUAUGACCAACUGUUGCAUUUAGAGAAUGUGCCCCUUUUAUUGAUUGGUCCAUUCAAACUGAUUUAAUUUUCGUUUUGGUGUCUCCCAGCUUGGAAUUCUAGAACAUCGCAAUUCCCUCCUGAAUUCAUCUUGUUCCUUUGUUGAGGAUGGUGUAGGAGUUUUAAGAGCAAGUGAAAGUAAGAGGGGGAUUUGAUUUAGUAGCAAGAGCUCUGGGCUUAUAGUUAAAAGACUUGGGUUUGAAUCUUGUGACCUGGAGCAAGCUUUCCCCCCUCUUUAGGCCAGAAUUCCUUCCUUUGUAAAAUAUGAAUUUUACUAGAUGAUCUAUUACAUCUCUUCUAGUUGAAAAUUAUGUGAUCUUUUUUUUUUACUUCCUUUAUUGCUGAUAAAUGUUCAUCCUCAACACCUGAUGGUAAGCCAGCUUGAGAGAGACAAAACCUGUUCCCUAUUGACUCCAAGGAAGGAAAACUUAAGAGCUGGUAGUUCAUCCAAUUCUCUUUCAUCAGAAGUAAGUUUUCCUAGGAGGUAGGCAUGGAAAACACCUCAGGCCAGUGCCAGGUCACUUAUUAAUGAAAGCAUAGACGAGGCAGAUAUAUGUGUCUUCUCCAGUCCCAUGUAGGCCUGAACCCUUUAGAGCUCUCCCUGGGGAGGUUUUUAUCCUCAGAUGAAUGACGGGGAGCUCACCAUCCUUCUGUCCCCAGGUGGGCAGGCAGCUGUUGGGUGGUGUUCUCUAGUACCUUCUCACGUCUAUGUUUUAGCUUGUAUCUUUUGCCUUUGAAACUUCACUACUGGAGUGAAUGGUUUUUCAGCAGUUAAGCUAUUGGUGGUGUGGCUGUUCAUCCUUCACUCAUUGAGAAGUAUAUGAAAUAAGGGAACAGGGAUCAUCCAGAAUAGAAAAGGUUUGAUCUUGAAUCUAGUACAGUAGAAGGAGCCCGUUCUAGUUCUGGUUUUGUGUGACGUUAGGCAAGUCAUUCUCCUGUGUGGGCCUUGGUUUCCAUAGCUACAAAAUGAGGUUGGACUGGUCUGUCUCUCAGAUCUCUUCCAACUUUGAAAGCUGAUGUGCUAACAUUCCUUUCUGUUCUAACAUUCUUGUUGUGUUCUAAGGUCCUUCCAGCUUGGCGGUCUCACGACUCCUAAUCCAUCCAUCAUUGCUCAUUCUGGGGGAAGCCAGGAUUGAAGGAAUUUAUAGCGACUUGGUAAACCAAAAGUUUCUUUCCAAGCAUGUGAUCCCAAAGGGAGUGUGUGCCCUAGAGAUAUUAAUCAGGUCCCCACCUGGUUUUAGAAAAAGGUCCAAAGUGGUUCUCAGUCACACAAAUAUUUCUCUUAAAGGAAGGACCUUUUCUUUGUUACAGAGGGCAAUAACUCAGUAACUGUUGCUUGCCUGUUUUGUUUGUUAAAUAAGUAAUUCGUCUGUGUUAUUUUUCUUUCUUCUUAUAUAACCAAGUACAAUUGUUUCCUUGGGCACCAAGUGAGUUACUGCUUGGGGUUAGGCCUGCUUCUCUUGGCACAUGUGGAGAGAAUGAGUCUGGGGGGGAGAUGGGGAGCAGACCCACUCCCCUCUGCAGUUUGAGUACUUGAAUCUAUGCCAUGGCCUAAAGCCUGGCCUGCCUAGUGCAGCCCCUGCUUCUUAUGUGGCCAGAGGAGGCCUUGCUUAUAUCCUUUGGCCAGUUUUAGGCUCAAGUUCAGUCAUUUAUCACAUUCUUUCUCUGAGACUUUGAGACUGUGGGUGUCAGUGUGCACCUGGAGAUGGAUGGAGUCUAAUUCUGUGUUUAUUUUGACAAGAUAUUUAUUUUUAUAAUGCAUUUUAUAACAUGGUGUGGUGAAAAUGUGUUGUUUUAUUAUGCAUGACUGGAUCUUAAACAAUAAAAGUCUAUCUUGGGUUGA